CUCGGGGGCCUCUAUAAAUGAGAGGCCUUGGCCUUGGUUAUGGGGCCGUGUUUGAGAGAAAGAGAGAGAGUUUAUAUUUCAUUUUCAGAGUGAAGAAAAUGUCUUGCUGCGGAGGGAACUGCGGGUGUGGAUCUGGCUGCAAAUGCGGCACUGGAUGUGGAGGAUGCAAGAUGUACCCUGACAUGGCUGAGGAGAGGAGCACCACCACUCAAACCGUGAUCAUGGGGGUUGCACCUCAGAAGGGGCAAGUUGAAGGGUUCGAGAUGGCGACUGGAUCCGAGAACGGCGGCUGCAAGUGCGGAUCCAACUGCACCUGCGAUCCCUGCAACUGUAAAUGAGAUGCAAAAGCCUCAAAGACGGGGAGGGAGGGAGUUAAUGAGUGCUAGUGUUGUUAAUUUCUAGUGUCUGUGUGGUGCCCUGUAGUUUGUCUGUACUUAGAACUAGGGUGUUGGUGCUAAAAAUAACCGGCUAUGGCUCUGGAGCGGGUCUUGCCAUGGCCGGCGACAAAAUCACCUCUCUCUCGUCUACUUAUCCUGCUUUCUAUCUCUGCUGUGCUGCUUUACUUUAUGAAAAAGAAAUAGAGCUUAUCCGGCUUUCUAUCUCUCA